AUGGAAAAACAAGCUAGUGAUCUACACAGAAUUGUGCAAAAAUAUGAUGAAUCUUCGAAAGAAUUUGUGAACAGGAACGACAAAUCAGCAUCUCAGCGUGACAAAUCCAAAUUAUGCGAAUUCCAUGGCGAUCACGGGCACGACACUGAUGAAUGUGUCGCGCUAAGACGAGAAGUGGCCUACCUCCUCAAGCAGGGUGACCUGAAAGAUUUAUUGACUAAGAAGGGAAAGGAGACAUGCUCCAAAUACGACGAUUGCCGACAACCACCUUCGUCGUCGACGCAUGUAAAGGUAAUCAAUGUUAUUAGUGGUGGAUCAGAUAUCUGUGGACUGACCUAUUCUGCAGCUAAAUGUCACGCGAGAGAUGGCCCCAACCAAGACGCCGUCCUAGAAAAGCUCCGUCACCCGCGCGACGUUGAACUUGAAGCGAUGCCCAUAACGUUCGACGACGACGACCUCACUGAUGACAGGGACAUACAUCACGACGGACUGGUAAUAUCUUUAACUGUUGGUAAUUGUUUGCUAAAACUUGUGUUAGUGGAUAAUGGCAGUUCAGCCAAUGUCCUCAUGAAAGAUGCCCUAGAAUACAUAGGUAUCGACGAACGUGAUAUCAUCCGAAAGUCCACCGACCUCGUCGGAUUCAGUGGAGAAGCCAAGCAUACCAUGGGAGAAGUGACGCUGCCUACUUACGCCAAGGGAGUGAAUAUGCCCACUAAAUUUUAUGUCGUUGACUCUCCCUCUUCAUAUAAUGUUAUUUUAGACAAGCCCUAG